AAAAAGAAGAGCGGAAAAAGUUAUUCGGAAAAGAAAUCAAAGUUCCAAAUUCAUUUGAGAAAGAUUUGCAUUGUCUGGGCAAAAAGUGUCUGAGCGAUCCAGUUAGUAAACCGGCUAUUACUAAACACCUUGAAAAAGCGGGACUAUGGGGUCGUACUACUACGUUUUUAGAAAAUGAUGACAAGCUAUCGGUGAAAAACAAAAUUGAACAGACAUUCCCGGAGUUGAAAGGCGGAUUUAAAAUGUUGAAAUGCAACAAAAACGGAAAAAGCUUAUUCCCUAUAGGAGAUGGGCCUCUUGUUGAUGGAAUAACGCUUAAAGCCGUAACUACUAGAAAGAUUUAUCUGUGUCCAAUUCAGAAGGACAUAGAUGUGGACGAAGCAAGCUCUUCUGGAUCGUCUGGUGAAGAAGAUGAGUGCAAUGAGGAAUGUUUAGUAUGUGGAGAGUUAGUUCCGCUAACGUUGUUGACAAGUCAUGCUCAAAAAUGCACGGUGAAACAAGUUGAGGAUGAUUGGGACAACUUCAGUACUUAUGAUAACGAUAUGAAUAAUUGGGAACCUCAAGCUUUUUUACCUGCGGAAGCUUUGAUAAAAUUUGAAGAACAUCGUGAACGCAUAAUGGAGUAUUCCGAUCAAGAGGCCUACUUAAAUCUUGAAGAAAUAUCCAAUCGGAUUGGUAUUACUCGAGGUGCGUAUGUAACUGAUUUGAUGACGGCUUCAAAGAAUCCUGUUUUCAUUGAAUAUAAAAAGACUUCGACGACGGUCGUGACUUUCGUUGGCGAAGAUGGAGCAGAUGGAGGAGGCUUAAGGAGAAAUUUACUGUCGAUGGUGAUAGAUCCUGCCAAGGAUGUUUUCUAUGUUGACCCUGAUCAAGUCGGAAUCGACCAGGAUGAACUCGAUGAGUUAUAUUUCGCGCUUUCAAUUUUUUUGGGUAUUUCUAUUAUCCAAGAAAAACUAUUUCCUAAGUUUGUUCUACAAACUUUCAACAAUCUAAAAUCGCAGUAUGGUAGGAACUUCAAAUAUCAUCCGUUGAACCGAGGAUUAGCGCUCUUCGAUCUGGACAAGGUGUUUGAAGAUAAGAAAUUUUCUGCCUUUUUUGCUGACUUUCCAAUUACGGUUCAAAACAUUUUGGAAUCAUUGAACUACGACUUCAAGGAUGCAAAACUUACUCCAGAACUGAAAAUGUGCCAUAAGAUCUCCUUUACUUUCUUUAAUCAAUUCUUGAACAACGUCGAGAAGGGCAAAGUUAGUUUACCUACGAGGAAAAUGACUUUAACUGACGUUUUUUUUUAUUUUAUACUGGGUUAAAAACGAUCCCACUUGCUUUUGAAGGUUUGAAGUACGAUCUCAAUUAUAAACUUAACGAUUCUAAAAACCGAUUCCGUCCGAUCGCAUAUACAUGUACGGCAUGUGCUCAACUCACUCUCCCCAUUGUCGAGAAAUACGAAGACAUGGAGGAAGGGUGGGUUGACGCCGUUCUAAACAAUGAGAAUGGCUUUGGAUUGCUUUAAGCUAAAAUGAAGAAAUCGGAUCGGGAUUUUGUCGUAAAGAAACGUAUGCUUCGUUCUCUCUUAAAAUGUCUGGGCGGAUGAAAGAAAAUUGGGUACACGUAGGCUACUAAUCAUUCUUUUGAACGGAUGUGAUAAACAUUGUUUUUGUUUUGUUCCACUAUUAUGCCCUUUCCAGCACGUUGCGUAUCUUUCCUGAGAAAUUAAGAUCUGAUGCGUAAUUUCAAUUUUUUCCC